GGUCAUAGUCUUAAUUAAUUAUUAAAAAAUAAAAUAAACUUUUUUUUAAUUUGCACUAUGAAGCCGCGGGUUCGAUCAUUUUUAGACUUUAGGGAAUAGUGAUGUGACAGUAGUGAAAAUGAAAGUUUGUGUGUGUAUUGUUUUAGUGAGUUUGUGUUUUUGUGUCAAAAUGGAUCGGAGAGCGGAAGAAGGGUAUCCGAAAGGCUUCAUGGCUGUUUGCCCCGGGUCCUCGAAGCCAGCUACCAUCCCCAGCAGCCAGCUUCGGCACCUACUCUUCAUCGUGCAAGGCCUUGGACGCACCCGCAAGAGAUACACCUACUGGAACGCCAAACACAUCGCUGGAGAUCCUAGGAUAGACUUUACCAGGAAGACCCUGCUUCUCGCCAUAGGCUACUUGGACAGCACAAACUUCCCCAUAUCGAGCAUGUUCGCCAAUGAGUACGAAGCGCGAGGGUACAACGUCAUCUUACUAGACAACCAGCGGUUCGCCACUGUGCACUACUACUUGGCCAGUCGCCUCAUGCGGCCAGUCGGCAAGCACGUCUCCGAGGUCCUCGUGCAGCUGACCAGCUCCGGCCUUGACCCCUCCCGGCUGGAGCUGCUCGGCUUCAGUCUAGGCGGCCAGACCGUCAGCUACAUCGCCAGGAACUACCAGCUCGCCACCGGUCGAAACAUCUCCAAAAUCACCGCUUUAGAACCCUCAGGACCCUGCUUCAGAGAUUUAAACCCUGAUGAUCGCUUAGACGCCUCCAACGCUGACUUCGUAGAAGUCAUCCACACGAAUAUAGAUGGGUACGGAAUGGCAGCCAGGAUGGGGCAUGUGGACUUCUAUAUCAACGGAGGGGAGUACCAACCUUCGGAGAUAACCAUGUUCCCUUGCGCGACAACUUGCAGCCACUUCAGGGUGUUAGGAAUUUGGUUAUCGGCUCUCAAACAUCCAGGGAAGUUCAUAGGAUUAAAAUGUGAUAGUAUCCAACAGGCGAGAGAUUCUGAGUGUUAUGAUAGACCUUUAGAAACGAACGUGUUGGGUUUAAAUGUGGAUAGGAAGAAACAUGGCAUUUUCUAUGUGUCUACUAGUAAGGGAUACCCGUUUUAUUUGGGAAAAAACGGGUUGUUACCUGAAUAUGCUGCUUGGAGGAGACUCAGUGAUAUCAAUUUGGGAAAUCAGACUGAGAUCUAUACUUAGAUGAUAGAUAGGUAAUAAAAUAAUCAGAGGAACCUAACCGAAACGAAGAAGAAGAACCGUAUUUAGGUACAUACAGUUAUGUUUUUUUUUAUGGGAUUGGAGGCAAACGAGCAGGCAGGUCGCCUGAUGGUAAGCGAUCACUGCCGCACAUGGACACCCGAAACACCAGAAGUGUUGGAGGUGUUUUGCCGGCCUUUAAGAUAGGUGUACGCUCUGUAAAUAGUACUAAAAGAGUUUUGCAUUUCAACGAAGUUUUUGAGAAGGGAUAAUGACACGUUUAAAGGGAAUAGGGUAACUUACUACUAAUACUAUCAUUUUAAUUUAAUCAAAUAAAUAGAAUUAAUGUUUAUAGUAGUUCAUUAAAUUAAUAAGAUAUAUAGUAUUGGGAUAAUAUAGAAACUUUGCCAAAUGUAAAUAACAACUACUUAAACUAGGUAAUUUAAUGUUAAGUAGAUGGAAUGUGAAUAAUGAUACGACAGCGCC